AUGGCCGCUAAUAAUCCAAACGUUACACGUGCAACCAAGGACCAGUAUACUGUGGUUCACUGGAUGAUCAAUGACCCCAAAGGUGGUUUCCAGGAGCACACGCUAGGCUCCAAAGGCGGCCCCCCGCAGUUCGUCAGCAUAAGCAAAAGUGACAUCGCAAAGAAUCCACAGCUCAAAGCUCUGGAUGAGAAAACGCUAAAGACAGCAACCAUUGAUCGUCAGGGGGUCAUCAACGUCGAUAUCGGCGGCAAAGAGGUGCCAUUUGUCAAUGUCCAAGCCCAAAUUGGCGAGAAGCCAAAUCGUCAUACGUACUCGCAUGUAAAUGUGGUGGCAGACAGGAAGGUUGGAACAGAGCUGAUCAGGAAGGCGAUGAAUGAGUCUUUGGAUAGUGCAGACAGUCGUUGGAUUGUGGAGGCUUCUUCAAACAAGUAUGUGAUCCAGGCUACUAGGCCAGCAUAA